AUGCCGCCGCGGCCGUCACCUACGCAUUUCUUAUGCUUACCACUUGUUACGGGGCUAUCCCGCCACCAACUCUCGGCAAGCCUAUCAGCCUUUAGCAGAGAUGUUACAAGCCCAGACAGUUUUGCUGUGCCAGAGCAAGCUAUUCGACCAUUAGGUACACUUCACCUUACAAUUGGCGUUAUGAGCUUUCCAGGUGAUGAUGGCUUAGAGAAGGCGGUGGCGCUCUUAAAGACACUGGUACCUAGAAAAAUAAUGGCGAGCAUCAAGGCAGCUGAAGCAGAAAAAAAUCAGGAGCGCUCAGCUCAAGAGCCAACUGGGCCGUUGCCCCCUUUAUUAUCUGUAACGCUGAAAGGUCUACGUUCAAUACAGCCAACAUCAUCUAAGACAUCGGUGCUUUACUCUCCACCGGUCGAUACUGAAGGUACUCUAUUGCGAUUUUGCGAAAGUCUGCGAUUAACCUUUCAGGAAGCCGGACUGAUGGUAAAAGACAAUCGACUCUUGCUACUACAUGCUACUAUCGUGAACACGAUAUACGUCAAGGGGAGAAAUCGCAAAGGUGGGAAGCGACAGGAGAAGCUGACGAUCGAUGCAAGGGAUAUAAUAGACCGCUAUGACGAUUACGUGUGGAUGAAGGAUGUCCCUGUAGAGAAAAUUGCGAUAUGUAAGAUGGGCGCGAAGAAGCAGGAGGAUGGUGAUGAAGCAUACGAAGUUGAAGCGGAAAUUGAGCUAACUUGA